ACGACAACUAAUUACAAGGCAGGUAUAUCUUUUUCUUUUCCAUGACACGAGGUUGUUCUCUCGACAUCUGAUAAAUCUCUCUCCCCCUCCCUCUGUCUCUCUCUCGCUCUCGCUCUCUCUCUCUCUGCUUCUUUAUACUAGGAACAUAGUGUAGAAUCAUACAUACGAUGAUAGAGGACGUACUAGGUAAAUUGAUAUUGUUGGAGGCCGCAAUCCUUCUCGCGCUUUCUUACAAAACCGUUGUUCGAAAGCCCGUGAAGCGACUUCUAGAAGAUGUUGAAGCUGCUCAUCUAUUACUAAUUCCUUUGUUCAUCGGCGCCUCUUUAUUUCUGGCUUUCACAAUCUCAGCUCUUAUUAAAAAUCAUCUCCGGUGGAUUGAUGAAGCUCCCAUUGAUCACCAGCUUGUCCAAGCCCAUAAAUUGCUCCAAGCUUCUCUAUUAGGUAUGUGUUUAUAUCUUUCAAUGUUGAUAUACAAAUUCAAUCAUCUUAUGAGAGCAAGAACUUCACUUAACAAGGCAUUAAAGGUUGAAGAAAAGCAACUCGAGGACUGGAAGCAUAUCAUUGCAGUACGAGCCUAUAAAUUAGAGUGCAAGGUUGGUAGACUGGAAGCAGGGCUUAAGGAGCUGAAAUUCGAAUACCUGAGAAAAUCUAGGGAGGCUGAGGCUAAAGCAGCUGUUGCGUCAGAGCUGAAAAAACAGUGUGAAGGAUUUAACCUCAAGCAUGACCGUGAGCUCGAGUACAAUCAGACCCUCCGUAACCAGUUGCUGUCAAUAGAUCAAACAUUGUUAGAGGAUAAACAAAAAAUAUCAAGUUGGACUGGUCUGAAAGAGAGCAUUUUGCGAGAUGGAUUGAAUCUGUUAUCCCCAUGGAAAAUCCUUGAACCCAGCAACAAUGUAUCAGAAGAAUGUUCGGAUAACAAUCCGGUGACAACUAACGGAUGUUAUCAGACUUUACAUUCUGGUACUUCUGCGCCAUCUUCACCAAGACACCGCCACAGGAGACCAGUCUAUCAGACUAGUUACUGAUCUAUAUUACCAUGUAACAGAACUCUCUACAUAAUUCACUCAAAGUCGCUGUCUGCUUCUAGUAAAUGUGAACGAUGUAAACGGUAUUGUGAGC